UGUUAUUUUUAUUUAUUUAUUAGGUCACUAAGAUAAAUGUAACUUUACAUUUCAAGACCUCUGACAGCAGUUGAGUGGGGGUAUUCCAGUGGUAUGUGUUCCAAUGAAACCGCUAGUCACAUGGGCCCACAACAGCAAAAACAAUGACUUUUUAUAGUAAUGUUGUUCAGAAGUUAAAAGGCCAACAAAUGUCAAACAAAACUAGAUGAUGUAUUGCAGUGUAAGUAGGCGAGAAGCCUAAAAAAAAAUAGUAGUUCGUGUUAAAAAGCAGUAGAUGGUUCUUGUUUGUGAGUCUGUGGUGACCUUGACCUUUAACUUUUGGCCAGCAAAGUGCAAUUGCUUCAUCCUUGAAUCCAAGUGAACAUUUGCACCAAAUUUAAAGAAAUUCCCUCUAGACUUUAGUGAGAUAUCACAUCCACAACAAUGGGAUGGAUGGGCAAACGGACAGCCUGGAAACAUACACAAGUGUUGUGAGCAGGAACUGCAGGGUCUUCCAGUGCAAAGACUACUACUGUGCUGCACCGUAGACUCAACUCUCUGAUGAUCCUCGACUUGAAGGUGGAGGACACUACGCUGUGGCUUCAAACAGACAUGCUGUGACAGCCAGUGAGCAGGGAAGUUGCGGUGACCCAAGAAGAGAUGUUGUCCACUGGGGAGUGACAUGUGAGCCAUGAAUCCAGUGAAAUGCUCUGAGAUCCACAGCAACAGCUCAGAGGACAGGCAGUGUCCCGGACACCUGCGGGGGGCUUCACAGGGUCAUGGAGAUACUGGAGAGUCGACGGAGAGAAGAAACCACUUGUUAAAGAAACAGCUUCCAUCAGCAGAGGGCAAGAAUGUCCUACAGUUAAGACUUCAGCAGAGGAGGACACGAGAACAGCUGGCAGACCAAGGCAUCAUGCCUCACCCGGCCUCGGACGGCUCCUCUCUGGAGGCCCAGCUGAGGCUAAAGCGAGCCCGGCUUGCCGAGGACCUGAAUGAGAAGCUGGCUCUCAGGCCGGGGCCCCUGGAGCUGGUCCAAAAGAAUAUCAUUCCCCUAGACUCUGCCGACAUGACGACAGUAAACCAUGGUAAGUUCCCUAAGCAGGAUGACUCUUAUGCGUUUGAGGAGGACAGCAGCAGUGAGAGUCUGUCUCCAGAGCAGCACCACAGUGACGAGUCACAGGGCUCAGCCUGUCCGUCCUCUGAGGCUGUGGGCAGCGCGCCCUCCUCCUCGUCCUCGCCUGCUCUCACCAGCCCACGACAGGGGGGUGCAAACAGAGACCCACCUGAUCAAAGCCAGGAUGAAGGGCUGUCUGGUGCCAGCAACAGCCAGACCACUCCCCCUAUACCUGUUCCUGCUAUUGUCAAGUCCAAGACAUCAGACAAGAACCGACACAAGAAACCCAAAGAUGUGAAGCCCAAAGUGAAGAAGCUCAAGUACCACCAGUACAUUCCUCCGGACCAGAAGGCGGAGAAGUCCCCUCCGCCCAUGGACUCGGCCUACGCCCGGCUCCUGCAGCAGCAGCAGCUCUUCCUGCAGCUGCAGAUCCUCAGCCAGCAGAAACACUCUCACACACACUCACAGACGCAGCAGUCGCAGCAGCACACACACACUCCGCAGACGCAGGCCCAGGCCCAGGCUCAGCAGAGACAGCCCGCUUUCAGCUACCAGCCUCACCCACCGGCCCAGAUCCAGAAAGGAUCCACUGAUCAGAUAUCAGCUUGUAGCUCCAGCGGUCCGUCCAGUACAGCCAACAGUAACUCCUCCUCUCCAGUCAAGAACACAUAUCCCACCCAAAGUAACAUCUCACCGGUCAAACCUGGGCCCCUGCCAGCCAAUCUAGAUGACCUAAAGGUAUCAGAGCUCAGGCAGCACCUGCGUAUCCGUGGCAUGCCUGUCUCAGGAACCAAGACCGCCCUCAUCGAGCGACUCCGGCCCUUCAAGGACUCCAACACCAGCUCCUCGCCCUCAGGCUCCUCCGACAUCACCACGGUGACCUUCCCCGUCACACCCACAGGAUCCCUGUCCUCCUACCAGUCCCCGUCCUCCUCCAGCGCCCUGUCUCAGGGAGGCUACUACCCAUACCCCAGCACCUCCUCAACUCCUCCCAUCUCCCCGGCCUCCUCGGAGCUGUCCCUCAGCGGCUCGCUCCCCGACAGCUUCAGCGACGUGCCCAUGUCCUCGCCGACACAGUUCGCCCUGCAGCCGUCCCCGGCCCAGCUCAGCAUGGAGGACGGGCUGGGGGGAGGCACCCAGGGCAGCGGAGGACAGAGGGCGGGGGAGAGCGGAGGUAUGGACGGCCUGGAAGCUGAGAAAGAUAAAAUGCUGGUGGAAAAGCAGAAGGUGAUCGAGGAGCUGACGUGGAAGCUGCACCAGGAGCAGAGACAGGUUGAAGAGCUGAAGAUGCAGCUCCACAAGAGGAAACGCUGCUACGGAGCAACGCAGGACGCCGUCCCUCCUCCAUCUCACCCCUCCAUGCACCACCAGCAGACUCCAGCCAUGAUGGGUCAGCACUUCUUUGGGGUGACUAUCAAGCAGGAGCCCAUGUCCCUGUCCUCCAGCUGCCCUCUGUCCUCCCCCAAACAGCUCAAGAGCCCUGCUGGCAGCUGCAUGGAGGACAUGGGACACUGCAACGCCUCCGUCUCCAGCCUGGGGGGCGCCGGCGGGCCACAGUGCAUGGACACAGCCCCUUCCUCCGGCAGCCCCUCCACCAUGUCUGCUUUCCUCAGUCCACAGUGCUCCCCACAGGACUCCCCCAGCGGAAAGCCCUCCAGCAGCCCCCAGCCUUCGUCUCCUAACAACCCCUACCUGCUGUCUCCUCCGCUGGGAAGAGACGGCUGCGUCCACCCUCACACCUCGGCCAGCAACAGAGGGCGCAGCAUGCAGAUCCAGCAGAAGAGCGGCAGCCAGCCGGUGAACUGCUCUUAUCCUUCUGACCAGAGAGGCCUUCAGGGAGUCUUCCCCCCCCCAGCUGACUGUGGCCUCAACCACAGCAGCUCAGCCAAAGCUGAGAGCCAGAAUAUGCAGCCAAAGAUGUCAGUAUUGCCCUCUCCUCGGCAUGUUGGCCAAAAGAGCCAGGUCUCUCCCCCCGCCUUCAGUAGCUCAGAUUCAGAUGCAUCAGACUUAAGACAGCCCCCAUGCUAUGAGGAUGCAGUGAAGCAGCAACUGACCAGAAGUCAGCAGAUGGAUGAGCUGUUGGAUGUGCUCAUAGAGAGUGGAGAGAUGCCCGCUAACGCCAGAGAAGAGAGGGAGAGGUCCUCUGUAACCAAAGUUGUGCCUCACAUUACUGUGUCCCCAGGGUGUCCCGGCCUCCUCAUCCCGAGGUUCCACCGUCACUAUGAGCACCUGUACCCCACCCAGCCCCCCUACGACCACUCCGCCAAUCACAUCGCCGAGAGCCACCUGGAGACUCUGCUGGGAAGUCCCGUCGGGCGGGGAGGGGACGUGGCUCUUCUUAAAAUGGCUCCCGAGGACGGGGGCCUGGAAGACGAAGGGAACCGAGACGGAGAAGGGUACGGCAGCCCCCACACCCACCACCGCCACCCUCACCACCCACCACAGGACAAACCUCUGACCGGCAGGGACCAGAUGGACACCCCUCUGUCCCCCCUCAGCACCAAGGUGUCCACCUUCCCCGAGGUGCAGGGGAUGGUCAGCAUGACGUUCAGCGAGACGCCGUGGGAGACGAUGGAGUGGCUGGACCUGAUGCCGCCCAGCUCGGCCACGGCCUUCAGCGUGGCUCCGCCCAGCGGCCCCAGCAUCUUCAACACCGAGUUCCUGGAUGUCACAGACAUUAACUUGAACUCUGCUAUGGACCUCCACCUGGAGCACUGGUGAAAGCAGUAAGCUAGCAGUCAGCCGUCACACACACGACACCAGCAUGAAGAGACGGCUGAAUCCAGCUCCGUCCCAAAGAACAACUGAAAUCUUCCAGUAACAGCUUCAGAGUUUGCUUCUUGUUAUAACGCAGCGGGAUGUUUCUUUAAGAGUCGACCAUUAGCCUGCAUUCAGAGAUUGUCGGCUGAGUCACAAGUUGAACUACAGACUUCUAUUUUCUUCAUUAUGAGGUUCUUACGUUGCUGUCAGACCCAGAAUCCAAAGACCAGGUGCUCUUUGACACGACCGUCGUCCCUCUGGACGAUGAAGCACGCAGCUGCCAAACCAGUGUGACAGUGGACACAUGAGGAGAAAAUGAAGGACGUGAUUUCUACCAACACUUUAUGCAAUAUCAGUGUUAACGCCACCUAGACUUGAAGACACAUGUUGACAAUCAUUGUAUACUUUCUGAGUCUAUGUUUGUAUUACUGGAAAAAAAAUGAAAGGAAUUACAAGGUGAAUUGGAUUUUAGUUUAGUAUGGCCAUUUUGUAAAUAUCAUAACUAUGUGUACUGACAGAGACUAGUUGACGUCUGCAUAUUUUGUCAGUGGUGUGGGACACAAACCACAAAUCAAGUGUAUUAUGUAAUCAGUUCUUCAUUUGAUGUAAAUAUGACUAAAACUCUCACAGUGCACCUCUAGCUUUAAACACAUUGUCACAGUUUGCUUGAAUUUAGAAUGUGUGUGUAGACGUGGUUGUCAUUCCUUCGAAGGUCCUUUUUUUAUACAAGUUUCUUUCACUUUUUUUUGGCCUAUUUAUCCACAGGAUGACGUCAUGAAGAGAAGUUCAUGUCUUUGAAAAUCUUUGGUCUUAUUGUUCUAAUCGGAGACAAACUGUGCCUUAUUUUCUACCAGUUUCCCCUUUACACUUUUCUAUGAAUUCACUAUUCCCUGAAAGCUCUUGACAGAAACUGCAGAAGACAGAAAGCUCCAACACGAGUGUUUUUCUUUAGCUGAAACAUUAGACGAAUGUUAAUGAAAAUACAACUUCAUCUCUAUUUUUAAGUACUUUUAUAUUUGUCCUUACAAAUUUCACCCUUUCUAUUUCCAGGCCAAUCACAGUUAUUUAUUUUGUGUUUUUAUAUUUAUACUUCAUCCUGUAUUUAUACUGGCAUUCCUCUCUAACAGAUUGGGGCUCUUUUUGAUUUACCUGAAAACUCCAGUGCUUCCAUUUUGACCACGGACAUUUCUUCGUAAAUCGGUUCUCUUAAAAAUGUGAUGCAAGGUGAAGGAACCACUUUGAAAAGCCAUGUUCUCUUAAAACACUUUUCCUUAAAGAAUCAUGUGAAGUGGAAAUGUCCAUUAUUAGCACUUGUGAAUAGGAAAAUGUAAUAUAUUCAGACCUUUACUGUGAAUACUGCAUAUAACACAGCGUGGAGGUGUAGCGGUGCCAGCCUAGACACACAGUAGUCAGCCUGAUGUGAGAAAUUCAAAACACCCUGAAACGUUUCAGCUCUGCUCAGAAACUGUCUGUCUGUAAAACUUGAAGGAAUAGUUGAACAUUUUGGGAUGUGUGUGUUUUCGUUUUCUUCCUGAGAGUUGGAUGAGACCAUUGAUGAAACGGUCGUAUCUGUCUGCUGAAAGAAGACUAAAGCCAGCGGCCUGUUCCUGCUCCUUUAACCUAAAUCUCUUCAUCCCGUCGGAAACAAAACCACAGUUAACCACUCUUAGUUUAGUUCACCAGUCUUUAAAACUCACUAAUUAUCUGGUUUCAUCUGACACACACUCCUCAUAAAAUCACUAAUGAAUUCAAGUGUUUGUAUCGAAGCUGCUGGUAACUGGAUUUUGUUUCAGAUCCAGACCAGACAUUUCCUCUUAUUCCAGUCUUCAUGCUGUGUUUCCUGUCCCCUAACGGAUCAGACUGCCGCCAGUCUUCUCCUCUAACCCUCAUCAACAGCAAACGUGUUCUUUCCCAAAGUGUCACUCUUCUGCUGUAAGUGCAUCGGCCAAUAAAUUUCAUGCAUUUGCAGAUUUGUCCUCUGUAAACAUGGGUCUCACUUUGUUUCCUGUUUCGACCAAACAUUGCUUCUUUCCCCGUUCCCUGUGUUGCACUUAUGAAACUCUGAGUUCUCUGGUCACAUGGAGGCUGUUGAUGCCCAUCCUGAAGACAAUCUGUCCUUUCUGUCCUCUACUGGACUUUUUUUUAUUUUAUCUGGGUUCAUUUCACAGUAAUUUUCCCUUAUCAACAAAAGAAAAAAAAGCACAUCUGACAGAAGCUUCCAUGUUGCUUGGCCACUGACUUGCUUUACUAUUGUAAAAAACAGUAUUUGCCUGCAUCCUGUAUACUACAGAAAGAAGAGCAAUAAACUUAUCACAGCAAAAUCA